AUGGAUGCACUUAUCAAAGAACUACAGUCUACUGCAAGGAAGCCUUCUCAAGCAAUUUAUGUUACUGUUAAAUCUCCUUCUGAGAGUGAUAGAGAUGAAUCAAAUGCCUCCCUGAUGCCAAAGAAGCGAACAUGGAGAGAACCAAGGCUGGGAGUGCUUAUUGUUGAGCUAGUACAACAAUCUGUUUCUAUAGUUGAACCAGCCCAGGUUCAAGAAGUUGGUCAAAGCCCAAUCAUUGAACCAGCCCAGGUUCAAGAAGAUGUUCAAGGUCCAAUCGCUGAAUCAGCCCAGUUUCAUCAAGACGUUCAGAGCCUCAAUUUUGUCGAUGAAUUUAAUUUCGUAGCAAAUGAGGAAACUUUUGCUUUAGGAAGUUAUUCUGCUCCACUACCUCCAGAGCACGAUGUAGUAUCUCUUAAGUUGGCCAAGCUUCUUGCCUUUCAAGAUUCCAUUCCUCAAUCAAAAGGGAAGGAAAUUUAUAUUUGCUUAGGGCAUGGCAUUGAUGAAGGCUCUGCACAAACUAUUUUUGAGCUUAAACAAGAGAUCGCAAAUUUGAAGCAGGAGUCCAUUAAAAAGGGAAGGAAAUGUGUUGUCUUCUAA